AUGGGAUUCCGCGAGACAUUCGAGAAGUCGGUCAGGCGCCUGGCGCCGCUCUCCGUGGUUCUGGAACUUCUCGUGCUCGGUCUGCUGGUGGCUCCGAGUUCUCCCGAGGUGUACCCGCGCAUCUUCUUCCUCGUCCUGGUGGUGAUGCUGAUGCUGUUGGAGAGCCUGCGAAUUUGCAGGGGGGGGGCGGUGUUUGUCUGGACAGCCGUAGUGACUGCUGCGCCCCUUGACCCCCAGCCGCUCGGCCUUGCUAACCCCGCGGCUCUCCACUGGCGACCCCAGGUCCUCGUCGAGGCCACCGUGGCCGUUGCGGGCCCCGGCACCUGCGAGUGGACCGCCUCGUGGCAGUGCUCGCCGGGCUGCGAGCGGCCCCUCGCGGUGGUCCGGGGGCGGACCGUGAUCGCGUCCGGGCCGAGAUGUUGGACCUUGGCAGUGGCUUCCUUCACGGUGCCGGUGUGGUCCUGCGUGGGGUGCACGCUGCGGCACGAGUGUCUCUGCAGCCCGGACGGGGUGGCAGGCGCACCAGCAAUGAAGGGCCAAGGUCGGCCCGUUGCCAUGGUGGCGCACCUCGACGUCCGUCGCCGUAGCGAUUCCGGGAGGCCCAACACCCCACCGUGGGCAGCCUUCCCGCUGGUCCUCAGGAUAAGCAGCCGGUGCCUUCGGCCGCUGAGGAUCUCCACGUGGGACAAGGACGGGGAUCUCGUCCGGUGCCGCUAUGCCACGCAAGAGGAGUGUGACGCGUGCGACGCUGCCGUGCCCGGCAUGACGCUGCACGAGGCGAGGGCUCAACCCAAAUCUAUAAACCAUUAAACUAGAUUUGUUGUUUUUUAUCAGGUGUAGCCCACUGAGCUGUGUAGCGCUUUUUCCAUAAGUGA